AUGGCCUCCAAUCCAACCUUCACAACCUCAAUGCAGCCACCACCAGGCCCAAACACCCCCCUCGCCCUCCCAACAUCAACCACAACCACCAACCAAAACCCACAAACCUUCAACGAGGCAAUGAAAGUCCGCAUGCGCGUCUUUGUCGACGAACAAAACUGCUCUGCAACUGCCGAAAUCGACUCUGACGAUCCCCGGAGCUGGCACUGGGUGAUCACCGACAACAACAGCAACGACCAACCCAUCGCAGUCAUCCGUCUGGUCCCCCCACCCCAACCACCCCACGAACACCUCACACAUCCGGGAACAAGCCCGCAGCUCCCAGAAUGGGAUUGGAAUCAUGAGCCGUGCAUCAAGUUAACUCGGGUCGCCGUGGUUCCGGAAUACCGUGGCCUCGGCCUCGGCCGACGGCUCGUUGAUACGGCGCUGGAAUGGGCGAGUGCGCAUGCAGGCGAGAUUAAUGCGGCGAUGCGUGAUGUGGCGGGGCGGGAGGGGAAUCAUUUGAAAGAGGGAUUAGGGUCGUGGAAAGGGUUGGUGCUUGUUCAUGCGCAGGUGGAUGUGGAGCGGAUGUACCAGGGACAAGGCUUUCAGACGGAUGAGUCCUUGGGCAGAUGGGAUGAGGAGGGGAUUGAGCAUGUUGGAAUGUUUAAGCGGAUUCCUCUUGCGUAG